ACCAUCCAAUCCUAGCUUCUCUUUUAGAACGUGGCGGUUUUCUCCUCUGAUAAAAUAUAGGUUUAAAGAGCUUCACAGUUAUAGUUACAUGCAACUCCGGUUAAUCGGCCCGUGCGUCUUGCUGCCACUUUGCAUGCUGGGAAACGAAGUUUGAGGCCCGGCGCCACUCUAGCGCUUUUUACACGCACAAGCAAAUCAGAAAAGCACAGUCGUCGCCUUGGCCUAUUGCUGUAGCCACAGUACGUCAGUGGCCAAUCAUAAGAUUUUUUUAACCACCAGCAACAAAUCAUAACAAUUCAAUCAACCCGCAACCAAUAAUAGCUUCCCUGCUACCCACUGGGCCUAUCAGAAGACAACAACAUGAAUGAUGUCGCGCAGCAUAGCGCAUGCGCACAUGACAGACAGCUGAUAACUCAUCUAUUAUGCUACUCGGCUAAAUAAAAAAAAAAAAAGGAUUCGCUGAGCUGCCCGGAUCCCGCCAUCGUACGCCUUGGAGGACCCGAAAACAAAGUCGUGCGAUGGGAGUUUGUCUCCUUGAGAAAAACAUCGAGCUGAGUCAUCAUCUCCAACCACGCCUGAACUGAACACGCACACAAACCCACAACUGUGUGCCCCCCACACACACACACACACACAGACACACACACAGACACACACACACACACACACACUCUCUCAUACCCUCCGUACACAGAGGGAGCUGAUUUUUCAUCUGCCGGUCAGACACUGCCAUCCCAAGGUGCAUUGCUGUGUCACAGUCGUCCACCAUGUCGGACGCCCCCGAGGCUGCACCCCCCAGCCCUCCCCUCACCAAUCCGCCCCCCCCUGAAGUCACCAACCCCACUAAGCCCGGCAGGAAAACCAACCAGCUGCAGUACAUGCAGAAUGUGGUGGUGAAGACUCUGUGGAAACAUCAGUUCGCCUGGCCUUUCUACCAACCGGUCGAUGCCAUCAAGCUCUGCCUGGCGGAUUACCACAAGGUGAUCAAGAACCCAAUGGACAUGGGCACCAUCAAGAAGCGUCUGGAGAACAAUUACUAUUGGAGCGCCAGUGAGGCCAUGCAGGACUUUAACACCAUGUUCACCAACUGUUACAUCUACAACAAGCCGACAGAUGACAUCGUGCUCAUGGCUCAGGCCCUAGAAAAGAUAUUCCUGCAAAAAGUAGCGCAGAUGCCGCAGGAAGAGGUUGCUCUGUUGCCUCCAGCUCCCAAAGGAAAGAGCAAGACCAAGCAGCCGGCGGCCCCUACAGGUGACGCAGUGAGCCAACAGGUGGAGUCGACUGCUUCCACUCCUCCUUCCUACCCAUCUCCCUCCCCAUCUCAGACGCCCGUCAUUUCCACCACACCCACGCCCACACCCACACCCACACCCGUUCAGGCCACGCCCCCCGUGUCUGCUCCGCAGCCCCCAGCGACCAUGAUGCCAUCCGCACAGCCUGUCUUCAAGAAGAAAGGUGUGAAGAGGAAAGCCGACACCACCACUCCCACCACGUCGGCCAUCUCCGCCAGCCGCGCCGACUCUCCGUCCGCGCAGGACGCCAAACCGGCCAAGCUGGGCUCAUCCAGACGUGAGGCGUCCGCUCGCCCUGCUAAGACUCGACGCGAGACUGUGGAGGCGGUGGCGGGCGGCGAGGUGGGGGGAGGCGCAGCCGCGGUGAGAAAAGGCGGCAAGCUGGGCGAACAAAUGAAACACUGCGACGCCAUCCUCAAGGAGAUGCUCUCGAAAAAGCACGCGGCCUACGCGUGGCCCUUCUACAAGCCGGUGGACGCCGAGGCGCUGGAGCUGCACGACUACCACGACAUCAUCAAACAUCCCAUGGACCUCAGCACCGUCCGGAAAAAGAUGGAUAAAGGAGAAUACAAUGACCCUCAGAGUUUUGCGACCGAUGUCAGGUUAAUGUUCUCCAACUGUUACAAGUACAACCCUCCGGACCACGAGGUCGUGGCCAUGGCUCGCAAGUUGCAGGAUGUGUUUGAGAUGCGUUUUGCUAAGAUCCCAGAUGAAGGUCUGGAGGCAUCGGUACCAUCCACCAUGCCACUAGUCAGUAAAAGCACCGCCUCCUCCGACAGCAGCAACAACUCCUCCUCAGACGAAUCCUCGGACUCCGAGGAGGAGCGAGCCACGCGGUUGGCCGAGCUACAGGAGCAGCUGAAGGCAGUGCAUGAGCAGCUGGCCGUUUUGUCUCAGGCUCCGGUCAGCAAGCCAAAGAAGAAGAAGGAAAAGAAGGACAAGGAGAAGAAGAAGGAGAAAGAGAAGGACAAAGGGAACAAGGGCAAGACCGAGGACGAGAAAAAACCAAAAGCUGCCGCUCAACAGCCCAAACCAGCCAAUCAGAAGAAAGCACCAGCCAGGAAAGCCAACAGCACGGUGACAGCCACCAGGCAACCCAAAAAAGGCAGCAAGACGUCAGGCGGCGGCUCGGCAAACGGAGACGACGGAGAGGAAUCUUCCCUGCCGAUGACGUACGACGAGAAGCGCCAGCUAAGUCUGGACAUAAACCGACUGCCGGGAGAGAAGCUCGGCCGCGUGGUCCACAUCAUCCAGUCCCGGGAGCCGUCGCUGAGGGACUCCAACCCCGAUGAGAUAGAGAUUGACUUUGAAACACUCAAACCUUCCACCCUACGAGAGCUGGAGCGCUACGUAAAGUCCUGUCUGCAGAAGAAACAGAGGAAGCUAAUGCAGAAAGCAGCAGGAGGCGGGGCCUCAGGGGGCGGAGCCAGCCGUUUGAGUGGCAGUUCUUCUUCUUCCUCCGACGACAGCUCCUCAACAGGAUCUUCCUCUUCUUCCGAUACAGACUGAGCCCCCACCCCACCUGAGACCCCACCCCACCACCCCCGAAACACACAACAACAACACAGAAACAGAACACACACACACACUCAUGUUCAUCCACAAAACUCAAUAUAUACAGAAAAUACAUGCAAAUACAGUGAGGUCCUUGUAAACUUAACACAAACACUCAGAAAUAUUUACGUACAUGUUGAACUUCUUACUACACACACACUCACACACAUUCAUAAAUAAAAACCCACACAUGCCCAGACUUGGAGACUGUAUGUAAAUAGGCAGAUCUUUUUUUUUUUUUUUUCAUUUUUAGCUUCUAGUGUCUUUUUUUCUUUUUUUUUUUUUUUCCAUUUGUUUUUCAUCCUGGAGACAAAAAAAGCAGAGAGAUCGAAGAGAAAAAGAAGAAAGCGUCGUCUUCUCACAUAAAGAUGAUGAAGUAGGUGAGUGGGGGAGAGAGGGAGAGAGACAGAGACCAGCAUCCUGUCUGUCCGUCUGACUGUCUGUCUGUCUGUCUGUCCAGAAGUUGUACUGAUCUUCUCUGAACAAUUCACACUGAGAGAGAGAGAGAGUGAGUGAGAGAGAGAGAAAACACACACACAAACACACACCAAACUCAAGGCUUUCUUCUUCUUCGUCUUCGCCGACGGCCGGCUGUGACCCCCCAUCCCUCCUCCUCCCCACUCUCCCUAUCCUCAACUGUAA